GAAUCGUACAAAUUCAUUCGGAUGGCGGAUGAUUUGCACGAUGUGGCUCGCUACCUCAACGAUAUGCGACUGUGUUUUAUUGCGCUAACAGUAACCGGGUACUUAUUGAUGAUCAUUUAUGGUAUUAUCUUUUGUGUUCGAAGGAAUCGACGACGACCCAAUACUGCCCAAACUGGCGCCGGUCUCAGCAACAAUGGCCAGGUCAGGAGGGGUCGAUGGGAUUAUCAAAUGGAAAAUCGAGAUUAUCAAACGCACGCACAAACAGACGAUCUCGUAUCGGUGAGGAGUGAUGGCCAAGGCAACACGGCCAGUUAUAUGGGACGUAAUCAUCACAGGAAUCCACCGUCGUUUAUGCGGCAUGGAAUGAAUCACGCUCAACAAACAGCAAGGGUGUAUUCGAAUGAGUGCCCAUUGUCUUAA